AUGGACAGGUGUCACCUGGACGGUUGUCACCUGGAAGAGUGUCACGUUGGCCAGGUGUCACCUGGACAGGUGUCACCUGGACGGUUGUCACCUGGAAGGGUGUCACGUUGGCCAGGUGUCACCUGGAAGGGUGUCACAUUGGCCAGGUGUCACCUGGACAGUUGUCACCUGGAAGGGUGUCACGUUGGCCAGGUGUCACCUGGAAGGGUGUCACAUUGGCCAGGUGUCACCUGGAUGGGCGUCACGUGGGACAGGUGUCACAUGGACAGGUGCCACGUGGAUGGGUGUCACCUGGACGGGUGUCAUGUGGACAGGUGUUACCUAGAUGGGUGUCACCUAGAGAGGUGUCACAUGGACAGGUGUCACAUGGAUGGGUGUCACGUGGACAGGUGUUACCUAGAUGGGUGUCACCUAGACAGGUGUCACAUGGACGGUUGUCACCUGGAUGGGUGUCACGUGGGACAGGUGUCACAUGGACGGGUGUCACGUGGACAGCUGUUACCUAGAUGGGUGUCACCUAGACAGGUGUCACAUGGACAGGUGUCACAUGGAUGGGUGUCACCUGGACGGUUGUCACCUGGAUGGGUGUCACGUGGGACAGGUGUCACGUGGACGGGUGUCACCUCGACAGUUGUCACCUGGAAGGGUGGACAGGUAUCACCUGGACGGUUGUCACGUCUACAUCACACCCGUCCAGGUAACACGUGGAUCACAUUGACGGGUGUGACGUGGACGGGUGUCACGUGAACAGGUGUUACCUAGAUGGGUGUCACCUAGACAGGUGUCACAUGGACAGGUGUCACAUGGACGGGUGUCACCUGGACGGUUGUCACGUGGAUGGGUUUCACGUGGGACAGGUGCCACGUGGACGGGUGCCACUUGGACGGGUGUCACCUGGACGGUUGUCACCUGGAAGGGUGUCACGUUGGCCAGGUAACACCUGGACAGGUGUCAUGUCUAUGUCACACCCGUCCAGGUAACACGUGGAUCACCUUGACGCGUGUGACGUGGACAGGUGUCACCUGGACGGGUAUCACAUGGACAGGUGUUACCUAGAUGGGUGUCACCUAGGCAGGUGUCACAUGGAUGGGUGUCACCUGGACAGUUGUCACGUGGACAGGUGUUACCUAGAUGGGUGUCACCUUGACAGGUGUCACAUGGAUGGGUGUCACCUGGACGGUUGUCACCUUGACGGGUGUGACGUGGAUGGGUGUCACCUGGACAGGUGUCAUCUGGACAGUUGUCACCUGGAAGGGUGUCACGUUGGUGUCACCUGGACGGGUGUCACGUCUAUGUCACAACCGUCCAGGUGACACGUGGAUCACCUUGAUGGGUGUGCCGUUGACGGGUGUCAACUGGAUUGGUGUCACCUGGACAGGUGUCACGUUGGACGGGUGUUACCUGGACUGGUGUCACUUUGGACAGGUGUCACCUGGACGGGUGUCAUGUGGACGGAUGUCACCUGGACGAGUAUCAUAAGGGGACCGCAAAAUGUUUCAACUCGGCGUUAGCCGCCGCUAGUUAGCCGCGCCUAUUUUAAUAUAAAUGUGAAAACAAAAUAGUAUAAUCGUGAAACUAUUCCUAUCAAUCGCGCCGGAGAUUUUUGUAACCGUUGUGUUUAUUUUAUUCAAUGUGUCGCGCCGAAAAGAACAACGUAAAUAAUAAAUGCAGUGUAACUUAUCGCGGGGGGGAAAAACUUUGCGAAAAAAACGAAUUGCUUCGCAAGUAAAAAUCGCAAAUAGUUUGAGAGCAGCAAAUAUUAGCUUGCUUGGAAUUUAGGUGUUUUAUAUUUGAUGCUGGCAUUGCUCGGACAAAAGAUUAAGAAAGUUAUUGUAUUGUUAAUAAAAACAAAACGCCUUAAAUUGGAGUUUUUCUUUGCCUUCAAGUGCCUUCUGCCCAGGAAAAGACCAAACUGUGUUGCCUUGACCAAAGUAAACAAACAAAAUGGCCGCCUGUUUGCUUGGUUUACUUCUUUCAAUAAAAACAACUUUGCAACUGCA